AAGAACCUCUAGUCACCCAAAAAAUAAAAAAUAAAAAAAAUUAAGAACCCAUCAAGAAGCUUGUCCUUUGUCAUAGUUUCUCAAAGUAGAAUACCAAGGAUCUACGGCCAAUCUGUAGUUGCGGAAACACUUCAAAAGAAGAUUAAUAUCAAUGGGAGUUUAUUCUUUCUGUAUGUAUAAUAUUGCUUGUAUGUGCUUGUUUUUCUUAAUUACUUCCUCCUUUGCAGAUGACAGUAUUGGUCCAUCACAAUCCAUCGGUGAUGGAACAACCUUGGUUUCUAAAGAAGGAACGUUUGAGUUUGGUUUCUUCAGUCCUGGAGAUUCCAAGAAUCGUUACAUGGGAAUUUGGUACAAGAAAAUCUCUGUUCAAACUGUUGUUUGGGUUGCAAACUUAUGCAACCCAAUCAAUGAUUCCUCUGGUGUGUUGAUGAUGAGCGACACAGGCAAUCUUGUGCUUUUGUAUCAAAACAAGAGCGUUGUUUGGUCGACGAACUCAACGAAACUAGCCCAGAAACCAAUUCUACAGCUUCUAGAUUCUGGGAAUCUUUUACUAAGAGAUGACAAAGAUAAAAACUCAGAGAACUAUUUGUGGCAAAGAUUUGAUGAGCCUUCUAAUACAUUGUUACCAGGGAUGAAGUUGGGAUUGAACUUUAGAAAGGGUCUAAAUUGGCGAAUAUCGGCAUGGAGGAAUUGGGAUGACCCCUGUCCUGGAGAGUUUACUUGGGGAGUUGAAUUUGAUGUUCAACAGCCAACAUUUCCUGAAGCAUAUAUGUGGAACGGCAAAGCAAAAUUAAGUCGGUUCGGGCCAUGGAAUGGACUUAGUGCAAGUGGUAUUCCAUUGUUAAGGCCAAACCAACUUUAUAACUUCACUUUUGUUUACAAUGAAGAUGAAGCUUAUUACAUGUUCAACCUCAAGAAUGCCUCUUUGAUCAAUAUAGUAGUUUUGAAUCAAACAACUUCCAGGAGCGAACGAAUUACAUGGGUCGAAGCACAGAAGAGUUGGAAUCUUUACGAUUCCUUUCCUUCAGAUCAGUGUGACAAGUAUGGUCUUUGUAGUGGUAACGGGUAUUGUGCCAUAGGUGAGAGCCCAGUCUGCCAAUGUUUGAAAGGAUUCAAGCCUAAGUACGCAGAAAAAUGGUUAACAGAUUGGUCAGACGGGUGUACACGAAAUACUCCGCUAGACUGCAGACAUAAAGACAAUGAUGGCUUUGUCAAACUUGUUGGCUUGAAAUUGCCAGAUACUGCCUAUUCUCAUGUGAACGUGAGUAUGAACCUAAAGGAAUGCAGGGCCAAAUGUUUGAGCAAUUGUUCUUGCAUGGCUUAUGCAAACUCUGAUAUCAGAGGACACGGCAGUGGGUGUAUCAUGUGGUUUGGUGAUCUGAUGGAUAUCAGGAAAGUUUCUUCAGAACAGGCUCUAUAUAUUCGAAUGCCAGCUUCAGAGCUUGGAAAGUCUGAUCAAAAGUUGAGACCUGCGAUAGUAGCAGCUAUCGUUGGAGGUGUUUCUGCGAUGCUCUUACUUGGAUAUUUCAUUUACAGAACAAAGUUAAAAGGAAAAUAUUCGAGAACUGCUAAAAAAGGAGACCAAGAGGAAGAUCUAGAGCUCCCACUGUUUGAAUUAUCUACCAUUGUAAAUGCCACCAAUAAUUUUUCGUGGAGAAACAAGCUUGGGCAAGGUGGUUUUGGACCUGUGUACAGAGGUAAGUUAGAAAACGGACAAGAAAUUGCCGUGAAGAGACUUUCAAUCAGUUCUGAACAAGGAAUAGAAGAGUUCAAAAAUGAAGUAAUAUUAAUUGCAAAGCUUCAACAUCGGAAUCUUGUAAAACUUCUUGGUUGUUGCAUUGAGGGAGAAGAGAAAUUACUGGUUUAUGAAUAUAUGCCUAACAGAAGCCUUGACUCUUUCAUUUUUGAUCAAAAUCGAGCAAAGCACUUGGAAUGGUCUGUGCGCUUCAAAAUCAUAUGCGGCAUUGCUCGAGGGCUUCUAUAUUUACACCAAGAUUCAAGAUUAAGAAUUAUACAUAGAGAUCUCAAAGCUAGUAAUGUCUUGCUCGAUAAUGAGAUGAACCCCAAAAUUUCAGAUUUUGGUUUGGCUAGAACUUUUGGGGGAGACCAGAUAGAAGGAAACACAAACAGAGUAGUAGGAACUUAUGGUUAUAUGGCACCAGAGUAUGUUCAUAGCGGUCAAUUCUCAAUUAAAUCUGAUGUCUUUAGCUUUGGUGUAAUGGUCUUAGAGAUUGUUAGCGGAAAGAGAAGCACAAGCUUUUCUUCUCCAGAGGAAGACCUCACACUCGCUGGAUAUGCAUGGACAUUGAUGCAACAAGACAGGGCAAUUGAAUUGCUUGACCCGUGCUUGAGGGAUUCACACUACAGUUUGCAGGAAGUGUUGCGGUGCAUCCACGUCGGUCUGCUAUGUGCACAGCAACGUGCUAUGAAUCGACCCAGCAUGUCUUCUGUGGUUGUGAUGCUUGGCAGUGAUAGUCAUGUAUUGCCCCAUCCCCAAAAACCAGGCUAUUUCACGGAGACAGAAUCACCAAGAGAAUAUGUUGAAUCUUCUCUAACAGACAAUAUGACUACAUCUGUACUAGAGGCUCGAUAACGAGUAACUAGAUGCUUACAGAUUUCAAAACUUACCGAGGUUUUUGCCAAUGCUGCUUUGCUAAGCCUCCUCUUUGAGUGUCCAUGCGUUUGAAACUGCUAUUGAGUUGGCUAGUAGUUACAAUCGGAAUUAUCAAGAGUUUAAAUGUCAUUCCACGUGCGUUGUUGAUUUGAUCAUUUCUAGAAGUCGUUUGAUCCCUUAAGAGAUUUUCUCAACUCUUUCAGGAAGACAAUCAUGUCGAGGAUAAGCUUCCUUCACAUGCGGUUUCUUUGCGUGAUACUUCUAGGUUGUUCUCUAGUCCUGACUUUUGUUCAAUGGCGGUCAACAGGGAUAUGGCGAGCUUUAUUUCUCGUAGUUUUUGUAAAUAGUAGACUCCUUACAAUAAUCCCCUAUUAUUUUUCCCUCUCGGUUUUGAGUAGAGGGCUUUUAACGAUGCAUAUUUGUAGCUUUCCUUUAAACGGCGAAUCUAGUCUCAAUCUUUUGAAGCUA